AAAAAACUGAGAAUAAAUUAAUAUUUCCGAUACUAUAUAAGGCGCUUAUCUUCUUAAAGUAGCUGAUAAGUGAACCGACAGUGCCAUCUUUCUAGUCUUGACAUAAAAGGAAAUAAAUCAUGAAAUUCCUCGUUGCUGCGAUAGUGCUCUGCAUUGUGCACACUGCUUGCGGUGGCAAUGACAUCGAGUCCGUAUUCGGUGACUUCAAAGUAUCACCACGACAAGAUCUGCCAUUCCUAGAGUUGGCCAACUAUGAUGGCUACACCGCUGAACAGCAUUUCGUGACGACCAAAGAUGGGUACAUCUUGAGCCUUUUCCGACUGCCUAUACAGAAAAGUUGUGAGACCUCCAAAGGUGUAAUAAUGUUCAUGCACGGCCUCUACCUCAGCGGCGAUGACUGUCUCAUACCAGGGCCCGGGAAGGCACAUUGCUACGUCUACUCUGACAACUGCUAUGACGUCUGGGUUCCUAAUGUUAGAGGAAACUUCUACAGCAGAAACCACACAACAUUGAACCCCGACAGAGACUCAAAAUUCUGGGACUUUUCCGUCGACGAGCAGGCCGUCUUAGAUCUACCCGCAGCCAUAGAUUAUGUCUUACUUGAAACAAAGGAAUCGCAACUCUCAUACGUGGCACACUCGCAGGGAGUCUCCAUGUUGCUAAUUCUUUGUGCAAAGAAGCCCGAGUACAAUGAUAAGAUAAAGGUUGGGUUUGGUUUGUCACCUACAGCGUGGUUAGAUCACUCCAGGUUCAUCGUGAUCCAGUUACAGAGCAUCAUUGCUCCAGGGUUGACACUAACUGGUCCGUUACUAAACCUAGAAGUGUUGAAACGCGGUGGCCUUGUGCAAAAUUCUGCAGAACUACUCUGCGGUACUACAAGCCUGGCGUAUCCUUUCUGUUCCAUCCUCGUCUUCGCAGUUCUAGGGUACAACAAGUUUCAGAUAACAGACGAUGUGUUACCUGUAGUAGUUGGGCAUACUCCUUCAGGAACAUCUCUUAAGAACUUCAUCAGAUGGGGACAGAUUCAGAACAAUGGAUUCUCUGAGUAUGACUAUGGGGUGCUUAGAAAUGUAGCUACGUAUGGUACGGCGAAGCCCCCGCUAUAUGACUUGUCUGGUGUGACAAUGCCUUGGGUGUUCCUGGGCAGUGAAAAUGACUAUGUGGCCAACGUCACUGACAUAAAGUUGCUUCAAUCGAAACUACAGAAAUCUUCACUUUGCGUGCUCUCUGACAAGACAUUUGGCCAUCUUGAUUUUAUUUAUGGUAAAGACAUACCUAAUUAUUUGACUCCAAUUGUUUUGUCUUAUCUAGAGACCGGCAGCUAUACCUGUACAUAAACUUAGUAAUUAAACAUGUGUUGCGUUA